ACGGAUUCAAAAUAAUAACCUCAAAAAGAUUAUUGUUAUUAUAUGAAAUUUGUAAAAAUAAAUUAAAAGAAGCUUUAAAAUGUUCAAUAUAUCAAGUAUUUACAAAAAUACAUGUGUUACUUCAUAUUUAGUGCUACAGACUCGAUAUAAAACCAAGAUACAUUGGUCCAAGUUGAAGAAAAAGACUGGUCCUAAAUAUAAAGCGUUGAACCAUUUCGAUGAGUUCUAUGCUUCAGUGUUUGGGGACGCUAAAUGGCAAGCAAUGCGUGAAGCGAUGUUGCGGCGUUCGAAAUAUGUAGCACUUGUGAACAAUUACGGAGAUGCCGAUAAAACAAUGGAGGAACUUACUAAAAGAGGAGCUCACUGCCUGAAAAAGUUAAUAACAAUACAACAAGAGUUUAAUAAAGAAUACAACAUUACUCCUGAACCAACACAAGUUGUUGAGAUGGAUGGACAGUCAGAAAGACUAACAGAAUAUAUGGAAAGACAACACACAGAUGAAAUUUCCAAUAUUUAUCCUAAUUCUGAGAAUAAACCUGAGAAAUUGGAUAUGGAAGAUGAAGAAGAGGUCAAAGUGAAGAAGGUGAACCAGGAGGUGUCCUUAACAAACAAGACCUUAGACGAAUCAAUAGCUGAAGCCAAAAUAGACGAGUCCCGGAUAAUAGACCCGUCACUGGGCAUGACUUCCGAGUCCCUCUACCAGUUCCUGCCAGCCACAAAGCUGAAGGGAAUGGAUGAAUGGGUCCCUGAGUCAGUGCAUUAUUCUUAUUAUUCUAAGGAGAAAGACUUCCCGUUUAUUAUAGAACCAGAAGGUCCCCUAAAAUAUCCGGAACAUUUGAAAGUAUUCACAUAUGAAAUGGACAGUGACCAAACCACUUUCCCAGAGCCAAAGAGAUGUCAAACAGGAGUUUACAAUUACUACCCAAUGGACUGUGGGAGUAUCCUCCCAGUGUUAGCUCUGGACCUGAGACCCGGUGACAGAGUGCUGGACCUCUGCUCAGCCCCCGGAGGCAAAGCCCUAGUCGCGCUGCAGACUUUACUGCCUGACGUAGUCGUGUGUAACGAUAUCUCUAUAUCUAGGUUGAAUAGGAUACAGCGUUCGUUCCGCGAGUAUUUAUUCGAUUUUGAGACCAGCAACAAAUGGCGGGAGCGCGUUGUCUUCAAGAGGGUGGAUGGACGACUGUACACUGAUGAUCUAGGUUUCGAUAAAGUCCUAGUAGAUGUCCCAUGUACAACAGACCGACACUCCAUGAACGAGGACGAGAACAAUAUCUUCAGACCUGACAGGGUCAAGGAGAGGCUCAGGAUACCCGAGAUGCAGUCUCAGUUGCUAGUUAACGCUCUUCGACUGGUGAAAGUCGGUGGGACAGUAGUCUACUCUACUUGUUCGCUGAGCCCCAUACAGAACGAUGGAGUCGUUCAUAUGGGGAUGAAGCAAGCCUUCGAGAAUAAUAACAUCAUCGUCAAAGUCAAGAACAUGUCAUUAACAAUGUCAGGUCUGACGAGCACGCUGGUGUUAGGCACAGGUUCUGCUGCACCUAAGUACGGCCAGCUAGUCACGCCAUCAGUCGGCGCCAACUUUGGACCCUCAUAUAUCGCUAAACUUAUUCGUAUGCGAUAAAUAACAAGACUUCUUCAAUUUGAAAGGUAAUUUGCUCCUCAAUUUAUGUAAAUAUUGUAAAUACGUAUUUUUAUAAAUAAAAUAAAAUUUAAAUACACAUAAAAACGUUUAUUUAUUAAAACAUUUUCACUUUUAAACGUACACAUUGUCUUUGACAAGCUAAUCUACAAUAUAUACCAAGCAAUUAAUAUAUAAACCGCAAGUCUUUAUCAUUUAAAUGCAUUAUAAAUAUCAGAAUAUGUUUUUGUCAGUCAAUAUUCAGCUUUAUUUCAGGGGAAUAAGUACAAAAAUACAUUUGGUACGCUUAAAUCUAAAUUAAAAAUAUCUGUCAAAAAAAUAUGAGAUUUGCACAAGUCAUUGAUCAUUUUGCGCAAAUUAUUGGUCAGAUUGCGCUAAAAGUUGAUUGGUUAGCGCAAAACAUUGAAUUGUUUGCGCAAAACUAAUACAACAGUAGUUAUUUAUUAGAUUAGAUAUGUUUUUAUUAUAAUGCAAAACUUAUUAUGGUACUUUAACAAGAUUAGAAUCAGUACAUAAUUAUAAAUAAAAAAAUAUAUGACAGUCUCAAUUCGUAAUACUUUUCCGAAAGCAAUUUUGUUAGAGAUCCUAUUAAAAAUCAGACGUAUGAAUAAGAAUUCAGUAACCUUUUUUAAUAUGAAAUACUUAUAUGAAUUUACAACAUACGUAAGUACAAUUUAUAAGAUCGUCAAAAAAGUAAUAAAAUCUAUUGUACAUACAUAAUAUUUCAUUAAUUUAUUAAACUACAAGCUUCUAUCUAAUAAAUUGCUUUAUCUACUUUACCUAAAACAGUUAAAGCGUAUAAAUAAAUAAAGAUAAAACUCGAAUGAACCUCUCUCUGUCUUUGAUUUUAUUUUAAUUUCAAAUUCCAAUUUGAGAUUGGUGUAAAUAUCAUUAAUAUUAGCUGAAAGUUCCGAUAGUGGUAAGGACAAAAAGAACCCGAUACUAAGUCGUGAAUUUUCUUUAAUCGAUUUUAUAUCAUAUAAUUUUGUAAUAGAGUU